AUGUCGCGUGAACAAUCAGCGACAGAUAAAAAAGAAUUUCGUUCAUUUGUAUUACAUUUAAAACAAAUACAUCCAUCAUUGAAAUCUAAAGAUAUUACAAAUUUUCUUAUUCAAUCCGAAAAUCCGCCGUCUUAUACAAUGAAAAGUGCUUUGAACGUCAAAGUUUGGGGAAUUCUAAAUAGAAAUCAGGUGAAUGAUUUGCCAAGAUCGGGUGCACCACGUACAACAACAACACCUGAAUAUAUUCGAGCUGUAAAAAAUAAUCUUCGAAUAACCAAAAACGCAUCCAUCAGAAAUGUUAAUACAAAACUUCAACAAAAAGGUUUUAAAACAUCGAAAAGUUCAAUUUGGCGAACUAAACAAUCAUUAAAAUUAAAAUGGUGGAAAAGAGAAAUAGUACAAAAAUUAACAACCGAUCAAAAACUUCAACGUGUUAUCAUUGCAAAACGAUUACGAAAAAAAUAUGGUUUUAAGAAAGGAAACAAGCUUUACGAUUCGGCUUAUCGUUUCAAUACAGACUUUAGUGCUAUAUUUACGUUAAGUCCUCACACCAAUCAACACAACGAGGGUAUUUAUGCCGAAUCCAAAUCUGAUAUUCCAUACGAAUUGAGAACAAAACCAAAAGAAAAGUUUUAG